AUGGUAGCUAAGGUUACUGUUACUUCUAAAGAGCAGAAGUUGAGUAAGAAAGAUGUAGAGACUAUGUUUGAUAAGACACUCUAUUCGAAAAUUGCAGAAAAUGAUAAUCGCAGCUGGACUGUAUCAUUUGAGAAUAACGACUACUUGAAGUUCGCCAUGAAGUGUGUAAAGAGCGAUGCGGGAGCUGAUUGGUUUCGAGCUUGCUACUUUAAAGAGGAGUAUGCUAUGAGUUUGUUCAAACGAAUUAUAACAUCAGCGAAGAAUCGGCUUCGAUACUAG